UUUACUAAGUGAAGAUUUUUUCGCUUAUUUUCAGAUUAACUACAAGGAUUGUUGAGUAUUUGUCAAAAUGUUUUUAGUUUUCCAGAACAGUUUUUAAUUGUCAGUCUAGAACCUGAUUUUUCUUGUUUUAUCUGUAAUGCCACACCUGUUUCCUCACCUGCAUAACCAGCAUGUUAAAGACGUCCCUUUUUUCAUGAUCAAACCUGAAGCUUUGAAACGAGUCUUUCUUUCUGAUCUUUAUUGAUAUUUUUAAUAAUUUCUUUGAUAGUUAUUGUAGAUGUGUCAGACACACAAACACUUCAAUAUUACAAAACAAAACCAGGUUCCGUGUUGCCAUGCCUGAUUGUGAUGAUUGGUUGAAUUUUUAGUUUACUCGUCUCCGAUUGGUUGUUUUUCUUUUGUGUCCCGGGUCUGGUUGUUUGUGAAGUACUCUCGUGAAUUAUUAAUAAUGAAAGGAUAAAAAAUUAAAUAUAGCUGAUGAAUAAAGCAUGUUCUGCAGUAGCUGCUGAUGGAUUUACUCUAACCACGUGACCACCUGCCGCAGGUCGAGUUAGUCUACCCCGCUUCCUGUCACGUCGCUUCAUUCAGAGUCAGAGCGCACGAGGAGCUGGAAGGAGGAUGCGCGUGAAACGGUGAGUGUUUAUUCGCCAAUAUUUCAAUAACAUGUCAGGUUAAUACACAAAUACUGUGAUAUAGCCGCUUUAUAUGAGUAUUACUACAAGUAGACUGCAGUGUGAGGGACUUUAGUACCACGUGUCAAAUGUUACCUGUGUGACAUCACAGCAGAGAGUGGAUCAGCCUCAACAGAUACUGAUGUAUGCGAGGUUUACACUUGAUCAGAUAGUUUUGUGUAAAAUAAUCACUUAAUGUUUAAUUAAAUAGAUAUCAGAGAAUAUUUAUAUUACCUCAUUGAUCAGAGGACAUACCAAACUACUUAAAAAAAUUAAGUUAUAAAAAAGUUAUUUCUGAGGUCAGGCUGAUAAAUGCUGAUGAUCAAAAAUCUAUUAUCAGAGGUAUUACUGAGAUUAAAGAUCAUCUUUGCUUUGUUAAGUCAUACUUUUACAUAAAUACAGUGAAAUAAUUUAGAUAUGAGGUAAAAGGUAAAGUUUAUUCUUCACUUUAAAACUACUUUCUUAAAAACUCAGUGAACUCAUUUAUACUUGAAAUAUUAAACAUAUCCAAAAUCUUCAGAACAGUUAUCAGUUAUAAGUCUAUUAAUUGUUUCUAUAAUAUAAAGUAUUUAUCAUUAAAUAUUCCCGGUGUUAAUAUAAAAGUAGUUUUCAAAUGUCAUUUAACCUAAAUCACUGAUCAGUUUGUUGAUUUAUCAUAUUAACAUAAAGAUUUAUCAUUAGUAUUUUGCUAUACAGGUCAAUAAUCAAUUAUUAAGUCUUAGCCCCGCCCACUUCAAACAUUCUAAACAGCUGAUCAGAUGUUAAAGAUUGAUUGACAGCUGUUCAGAAAGUAAGCGACACAAUAUAAUCAAUAAUUGAUGCUCAUUGAGAGUCAGGGAGGUCAGAGAAUGACACAGGAACAAAGAGGUCGGUCAGUCAGAGAGCAGCAUGGGACUUAAUUCUCAAACACCACCAUGUUUUUAAUGGCAUAAUUAAAAAUGUCUCAUGUUGAAUCUGUUCCUUAUGAUUUUGAUAUUUGUCUGAUAAUGUCUUUUAACAUGUUUUAGGUGUCUUUCAAAAAAUGUUUGUCAUGUGUUUUCAACAUUUUUUAAUGUCAUAGAUUAAAAAAAACACAUUUACAAUGUUUUGAAACAAAAUUAAAAGUGUACAGUAUCUAGCUUUAAUGUCUUUUAACAUGUUUAACUGUUUUUGACACGUUUCAAAUAAGAUUUUUGUUGUUUUAAAACUGAACACGUGCUCUCUAACAUGCUUUUGACAUUUUUCAAAGAUUACAUGGUAAUAUGUUUUUAACAGGAGUUUAAAAUAUCUGGAGAAUGAAUCAGACAUUUUUGAAUAUUUUAAAGUCUUUUAACGUGUUUUUUAACUGAUUUAAACACGCUAUCACAAUGCUGUUGUUGUUUUUUUCAGACAUAAUACAAACAUGCCUUUCAACAUGGGUUGUGUUACUGUUUCACCUCUCUCACGGCUCAAACUUUAGCACUUGGUCUUCCUGAGAAACUGUAAGAUGAAGAAAACCCAUUGAUUCAAAAGGCUCAGUUCAACCGUUAUUGUGGCUUCCUGUAUGAAGGCAGGAGAUAUAAUCUCAGUCAGAGAAGUGCUGAAUCGAGUGACACGUCAGCCACUUCAAGCUGAAAGUUCAAUAAGUGGUCAAUGUGCUCAUGAUGGAAAGUUAGGGUGGUUUUACACACCUCUAUGAUUAGACUCAAACUAACAUCAGUCAGUGAAGAACAUCUGAGGUCACACACCAGAAAUAACUGGCUAAACUAAUCUGACAUCAUGAUUUUGGAGCCUCAUGUCCAAUCCUCCUAAAUUUUCUAAGUAAGAUUUAAUUUGAAUGUAGAAAACACAAAGACAGACAGUCUGAGCUGAAGGGUGAGAAUUCAGUGAUAAUGAGAUAACGACAGUGAUAUCAUGUUAGUGAUAAUCAUCAAGGUUAGCUGAUAACCUUGCAAACCACUGUUUGCAUAGCUGAGCUGAUAUUCAAUCUGAUAAGUCAUAUCUGUCUGUUUUUCUGCAGACAUCAUGCAAGAGCAGCAGGCAAGUGUGACUAUUUCUGUCCCGAAUGACACGUUUUCGUGCGAGCUCCCGUUCGAGGAUGGCCGCCUGCCCCUGGUGUUCCUGUACAGUGCUGUGCUGGCUGUAGGAUUUCCUGCUAACGUGCUGACAGUGUACCUCACCUGGCUGCAGAUGAAGAGGAAAAAUGUUCUGGGUGUUUACCUGUGGAGCCUGUCGAUGUGUGACCUCAUCUACCUGUGUACACUGCCACUGUGGGCGAUAUACGUUGGUGCAAAUCAUGAGUGGCCAUGGAGCUCAAUGGUGUGUAAGCUAACCGGCUACAUUUUCUUCAACAACAUGUACAUCAGCAUCUUUCUUCUCUGCUGCAUCUCCUGCGACCGCUAUGUGGCCGUCAUCUACAGUAUUGAGUCCCGGGGUCUUCGCAGGAGGCGUUUUGCCUUCUUGAUCACCAUUGCUAUCACACUGGUGGUUGCUGUAGGUCACACUCCUGUCUUCACCAUGCAGGAGGGGGAUGUUGAAGAGGGAGAGCACCGCUGCUUUGAGCCAAGUCAGAGUAGCGCCACAGUAACUGGUUUUAACUAUGCCCGCUUCAUUAUUGGCUUCCUGCUGCCACUGCUGGUGCUGGUGGUGACGAACCGUGGCGUCCUGGCCAACGUGCAGCGCAGUACGGGGCUACAUCAGAAGCAAAAGGAGCGUGUUCGCUGGCUGGCAGUGGCAGUGGUGGUGUUGUUCCUGGUCUGCUUUGCUCCAUACCACAUAAUCCUGCUGGUUCGGGCUGUCCUGUUCCACUUUCCCCAGCUGGAUAACGGGACGUGCCUGUUUGAAAGGACCUUGUACACACCUUACACCAUCUCAUUAGGCCUGUCCACCAUCAACAGCGCCAUCAACCCCAUCCUCUAUGUCCUGUCCAGCGACAACAUCCGCAAAGAGCUGCGCCGUGGCCUCUUGCAGGCCUGUGAUCGAGCACACCUUCGAACACGAUCCAGCAGCCAGAAUAAGAUCCAGCCAACCAGGUUUUCCUCAGACAUGAACCCAGGGACCAAAACACAAAGACCCCAGAAGCCGCCAGGAAGCUGACGGGCUGGCUCUUCCGGACUGAACUGGAUUCUGUUGGACCGAGCUAGACUCUUUGAUUGAUCAGUUCUCAUAUUCUGACCAGCAGGAGAUAGAUGCCUAGGUUGUCCUUCAGGUGAAUUUGUUUUUGUUUAAAUUUGUGCGUAGGGAUGGGAAUUGAUAAGAUUUUGUUGAUAUCGAAGCCAUUAACGGUUCUGCUUAUCGAUUCAAUUCUUUACCGAUUCCCUUAUCAAUGCCUGUCUUUGACUUUUUUUUACAAAAAGUAGACUAAAGGUUUUCAUUGUUAACUCAAAAUUUUAAUAAGUCUCUGAUAACAGAAAAAGAUGUAUGCCACCUUCAGUGAGAGUCUAAAAAUAAUCAAACAAAAUGCUAUCUGUACAGCAUUUCUGGCAUGCAUUGUGUUUAUGUUAACACAGGACAUACGCUUAUGUGACCAUAUGCUGAAUCCCAAAAAGAGGACACUACUACACAGGGUAGACUUGUGUGUGAAAUUUUGAGGCUUUUGAGUGUUUUUUUAUGCGCUUCUAACUCAGUUAAGUUGGAGUGCAUCAAAUACAUUUGACUCCUUAUAUUUGAUGCCCUGCCCCAUUGACAACUGUUGUAUCAUUUUGCUGGUGUUUCAACCUUUGCAUGUUAUCACUGCUCGACAAAUGUCGCACUGUUGUCGUCUUUCUUAGUAAAAUUAAGCCUUACUUUAGCUCGUCUCUGCCUACUUUUUAUCUCCCACUCACAUCAACUGGCACUCACAAGACCGUUUUUCAAGGCACCUGGAAGAAAGGAAUCGUUAAGGGAAUCGUCAAGAUAAGAUGUAAAUGAUGUUGAUGGAUUGAACCAUUUGAAACCGGUCCUCAAUUCCCAUCCUUGUUGUGCACGUUAAAUUUCAAAGUAUUUCAAAAACUUCAUGUUGUUAUUAUGAUGUAAACGUGUUUGGAAUAUUUCACACAAACAUGUUUAAAUACUGUUUAAAUAACUUGUAUUAACAUGAUUUUAAUAUGAUAUUGGCUACGUGAUUUAAGUGCCAUUUACAUGCUGUUAGGGUGUCUAGAUGUUCAUGUUUACAGUAUGUUUCAUUGUUGACAUGAUCACAUAAUGCUUAUGUUUACAUUUUUGUGUUUUGCUUGUAAAAAGCAAAGUAAUGUAAAAAAUACAUUUAUUUUUUUUUAAGUUUAACCAUCACUGUGAUAUUUACAUCAUCCUUGCAUUAAGCUCACAAAUUUUCAAGAAGUCAACAUGAUGGAAACACGGUCACAUGUUUGCAUCAUGUUAAUGUGAUGACAUUGUGAUGUUCACGUUAACGUGAGGUAUGAACAUGAUUAUGACGUUUCCAAGGUUUGUACAUUACAUGAUGUUUUAUGUCUUCGUAAUGUUAACAUAUUUGUUUAAAUUAUGUAUGGAUGUUUAUAUUGUGUGUAAAUGUAAACAUGGUAUUGACAUGUUAAUACGAUUAUUGGGAAGUUUUUACUACAUCCCUAAAAGGCUCACUUUUACAUGCUUUUAUUAUAUUUAAAGGAUGUUGACAUGAUUUUCCCGUAUUUUUGUAUAUUUUCUUGAUGUUUACGUUAAUUUUAUUACAUUAUUUUUUGUUAUUUUUAUUCUAUUUGUAUAUUUACAUGAUGUUUGUAUGAGAUGAUGUGUACAUUAUCUUAACCCGUUAAUGUUUUGAUGAUGUUUGUAUGCUGAUGGUCAGACGUGGUGUUUUUGUAGAAACUCUGAGCUGAGACAGGAAGUAAGAGUUCAACCUUUUAAAAUUUACCCCUUCAAGUCAGACGUCAACCUCACUGACCGUUGAGAUCUACAAACUUCCUCAAUUUAAAGGUGUUGAUGACCCCAAUGAGGAACCAGAACCUUCAGUAUGGGAACCUGGAACAGGAAACUUGUAGAUGUGUUCUACUGUUGUAAAAAGAAAAUGUCAGUCAAAUAAAUUUUAUACCAAA